CCGCCCCCGCCGCCUCCCCAACAGCAGCAGCAGCAGAACAAGCAGCGCCGCAGCCGCACCAACUUCACGCUGGAACAGCUGAACGAGCUGGAGAGGCUGUUCGACGAGACGCACUACCCGGACGCCUUCAUGCGGGAGGAGCUGAGCCAGCGGCUCGGGCUGAGCGAGGCCAGGGUGCAGGUGUGGUUCCAGAACAGGCGUGCCAAGUGUCGCAAGCACGAAAGCCAAAUGCAGAAAGCGGCAGGCUUGGUGCUGGGGUCCGCGUCGCGGCGCUCUCCGCCCGUGGCCACGCCGCUGGAGCCGUGCCGCGGCGCGCCCUACCUCAGCGUGCCGGCGCUGCGGCUGCCGCUCGCCGUGCCCGCCGUCGACCCCACGCUGCUGCACCAGUACGCGGUCGCUGCGAUGUACCAGGCGGCGCCGGCCGGCCCUUACCCGCUGGGCCUGCAGGCAGCACUCGCCGCCGUGCACCGCGACCGGCUGCAGCACAAGAACCACAGCAUCGCGGACCUGCGGCUGAAGGCGCGCAAGCACGCCGAGGCCCUGGGUCUGCGCCACAGCACGCUGUAGCCCGCGGGCGGACGAGUGGAGCCGUCCGAGCCGGAGCAAGGCGGCGGCAGUUCUGGCACCAGCUGAGCCCCGCAGAACCGCAUGGCCGCUCAGCACUGCCAACUACAACACGAUUUAGCUGGCGGACUGUCAAAUGCGGCCGCCUGCACUUGAGCAAGGUGGCAGUUCUGACGCCAGAUGAGGCUGCCCAGCCCGCAACCAGCAGGUGAACCACGUUGCUCCUCAGUAAUACCAACUUCACGUAGCCAACAGGGCGUCAAAUGGGGCCACCUGCUGCUGGACAAAGGCGGUUCUAGCAUCAGCUGAGGCAUCCUGCGGCCAGAUGAAUCAUGUGUCUCCUCAUUUGUGUGCUGUCGCCUGAGGAAGCUCAGCGGUCACCAGGAGAGACAGCAAACAAGAAUACACGGGGGCACUGUGCUACUCCUCAGUAGUGCCAACUGCAGAACAGCACACUGUAUUGCCCAGAGGGUCACCAGGACCAUUGGUGCACCAUCUGAGGUAGCCAACAAAUAACCUAAAUGACGUAACACUCCAUAACUCCUCACUAGUGCUAACAACGAACACAACACUGUGUGGACUAUUUCGACAGUAGCAUCAUGGUGGAGUGUCCCUGUGGAAAGUUAUGAGUUUGUCUUGGUGUAAUGCGAAUACUGAAAAUGCAAACUGAAACAUCAUUGUCAGCUUAUCAUAUACUGAAAGUGAUGUUCACCCAGCAAACAACUGAACAGAUCGAAGCUAAACGUCACAGUUUAAAUUUCUCCAAAUGGCUUCAGUCUAGAUUCAUAUAUGAACUGAUGCUUGAGAUUGUACUGAUCCGCUUACUGUGAGAAAAGUUUCUGUUUAAUUUGGAAGUCAAAGACUUCAUUCCAGUUCUGACAUGUGCUAGUGAAUAUGUGAUAUGACC